AUGGGCAGGACCAAAGGCAGAAGGCACGCAAGCAAAGUCUCCGAACAGGUUCCGUCUGAUGAAGAAGUACACAUCUCAGCAGUCAACCUUCUCCUCGGUCUGGAUCCCUUCGUCCUGAAACAUAAGCACAAGAACAAGUCUACGAAGACCGCGCUUCAAGAUGAUGACAAGUCAACGUCGGAAACCACGCCAACAGCAGACCUCAGCACCGAAAGCUCUGGAGACUCUUCCACUACCGAAGAGGCAUCGAGCGAUGAUCAGUCGAGUCCCUCAAAGGCGAGCACCGACGCUGAGACGCCCGCUGAAGUCCAAUCGGUCGAGGCCGACAACUCGUCCAGCGCCUCUGAGGCCAGCGCUGGAGAGACUGCUCAGGUCAUCAUGGACGAAAAGAGCGAAAAGAGCGUGACUUUCGCCGAGGACCAAAGUCGGACAGAUGAGUCGACUCAAACGUCCUCCAUCGACGCCGCGACGACCGCUUCCGAGAACGAUCUCGCCAGGCCACUGCCGUCAACUGCUCCGAAUGACAAGUGGACUGCGUCGGACGAUGCCAUGAUCAUAGGGAUGAAAGAAGACGAUGCUACCUGGGCCGUCAUUGGCAACGCCAUCGGCCGGGGAAAGAACGAAGUCAAGAAGCGAUACCAUGAGAUAAAGGUCGUCACGGCGAACGCAACAUCGGUACCAACUACCGGGCCUGUCGUCUUGUCGGAAGCUGUAGAUACGCCGGCGCAGGCCCUGGGUCGUGGGCGACGAGUCAGGACUGUACCGGGCGGGAAGGGGCUGAUCACGGCGUACGCCAACGAUGAAGCCACCUGA